AGUUUCUCUUUUGUUUUUUCCUUUGGGAGUCUUGAGCUGUCCUGAAUUAUGCCUGAACCAGCCAAAUCCGCCCCGGCCCCGAAGAAGGGCUCGAAGAAGGCGGUGACCAAGGCGCAGAAGAAGGACGGCAAGAAACGCAAGCGCAGCCGCAAAGAGAGCUAUUCCAUCUACGUGUACAAGGUGCUGAAGCAGGUGCACCCCGACACCGGCAUCUCGUCCAAGGCCAUGGGCAUCAUGAACUCGUUCGUGAACGACAUCUUCGAGCGCAUCGCGGGCGAGGCGUCGCGCCUGGCGCAUUACAACAAGCGCUCGACCAUCACGUCCCGGGAGAUCCAGACGGCCGUGCGCCUGCUGCUGCCCGGGGAGCUGGCCAAGCACGCCGUGUCCGAGGGCACCAAGGCCGUCACCAAGUACACCAGCGCCAAGUGAACAGAUAUAGAAAUGAGAAUACAAAGCCCGAAUUCGUGGAAAAAGCAGAGGGAUUGGGACAGAGGAUGAGUCGUAGGCAAUAGUCCAUUCCCAGAUGAAACUUUGUGAAAACUAAGUUUUUUUUGGAAACAACAAAGUUGAAAAGAUAACCAGCCAAUUUACCCUAUUACUCAGAAAAUUAAACUGCUUAAGCCAUACACAAAUCAGGAAAAUAAAUCAAAUUUUCAUCUGUGGAGUUAUUUGCACCUGGAUGGGGCCCCAUUAUAAAUAAGGCAAGAGUUUAAUCUUUUGCUUGAAAAACUGUUACACUUUAUUUAUGUACUUAUAUGUCUUUGUGUAUUUAUUUAUUUAUGUUUAUUUAUUUUUGAGAGAGAC